AUGGUCAGUACUCGAGUAUCGUGUGAUAAGUUGGGCUCGGAAGCCAACCCUAUCGUUAUAUACGAAGAUGCCAGCGACGACUGUGGCAAGCAGCACGCAUCAGAGCAGGAUCAUUCUGAUGGGUACACUGAGCUUUUGAGUACACCAGAAUUUUGUGCGACUUUUGGUGCCGGAGGCUCUCACGUUCCACGGAAAAAUUCCAAACCAGUACUGACGAAUUCGACUUGUGGCUUGAGGCCAUGCCAAUUGGAAUAUGGUCAAAGCCCCAGGUUUAUUUUGUCCCCCGAGCUUGAAUCGAUCUCGAACACCUGUCUAGAGGAGGAAAGAUCCGAGGCCGCCAAGACUCUCAAAAUCGAAGAAAGCGCCUCACACAACCAAGAUAAAAGCUGUCACAAUAUCCCGCGACAAUGCAAGAACCAAGUCAUCCUCCCCAUUUUCGCUUAUACCGCAUGA